AUGUUUAUGUGGUAUAAUGUAGUUCAGUUUAUUAAAACAAUAACAUAUUUUUCUAUUCAAGGAGUAUCCUGUUCAAGUUUUGAUGUUAUUUCGGACAGCCUGGGAAAUAAUCGGGCUGAUCAGUAUCCUUUAGCAAUGACUUUGGUUGGUGGGACACAAGUGGAAAAUAAAUUAGGUGUCAUGAAAAUAAGCAAUAUCAAUCAGACAAAGCUACCAAAAGAGGAGGAUGAUGAUGAGGAUGAAGAAGAAAGUGAAUCUGAUAGUGAGGAUGAAGAUGAAACUGAAUGCAAUGUAGAACUUGUUGCCGUUCAUCACCCUGGCGGUGUGAACAGAAUUAAGGUUACAAAAUUUUCUGACAAAGUUAUUGCUGCUUCUUGGUCUGAGAAAGGUAAAGUUUAUGUCUGGGACUUAACCCUUCCGAUAAAUGCAGUUAAUAACCAUCAUGUUAUGAAGUCCUAUAUUCAGAAUUCUGAAAGUCCACAACCCAUUUUUUCAUUUGCUGGGCAUUUAAGUGAAGGGUUUGCCAUGGAGUGGUCACCAUUAGUUCCAGGUAUGCUUGUAACAGGUGAUUGUAAAAGCAGAAUCCACUUGUGGAAACAUUUAGAAGGUGGCACUUGGCAUGUUGAUCAAAGACCCUACAUUGGUCAUGCAGCUUCAGUAGAAGAUUUAGAAUGGUCUCCUAUUGAUGUGAAUGUUAUGGCAUCAUGUUCGGUUGAUAAAACUGUCAGGAUAUGGGACAUCAGAGCCCUCAGUAACAAAGCUUGUAUGUUAACACGGCAUAAUGCUCAUGACAGUGAUGUAAAUGUUAUCAGCUGGGACAAAACAGGAAAUUUUAUUCUUUCUGGUGGAGAUGAUGGAAAACUCAGAGUGUGGGAUCUACGCAUGUUUCCUGAAGGAGAUCCGAUAUGCACCUUUAAAUAUCAUACAGCUCCCAUCACCAGUGUUGAAUGGCAUCCGACAGAUCAUUCAGUCUUUGCUGCUUCUGGAGCUGAUGACCAGUUGACACAAUGGGAUCUUGCUGUAGAAAGAGAUGAUAUACAGGAAGAAGAGAAAGAAUUAAGUCCUGAAAUUUUAGCAUUGCCACCUCAGUUGCUGUUCAUGCACCAAGGCCAAAAAGAAAUCAAAGAAUUGCACUGGCAUAAACAGAUGCCUGGUGUCUUAAUUUCCACUGCCCUGAAUGGUUUUGAUGUAUUUCGAACACUGAGUGUAUAAAAGAAGGUUAAGAAAUCUAUAAUGACCUUUUUAUUAAGAAAAGAAUCCUCCAGAGUAAUAAAAAAUUGACUGGGGUGGUUUUGGAAAGUAAGACAUAAAGUUAAAAAAUAGAAUAAAUAUUUUAUUACACUGUUUUCUUU